CAGCGCAACGACGUCAGGCAGCACCAGCCUGGUUUCUGACUAUUACCACUUUCAACCUCCAACAUCUUUCAUUUGUUCCCUCCAAUUUUCAGUGGACUCGAGGACCAUACUUCUGAGCGCAGGGACAUUCCUUGAAAAGGAAAGCUCUCAGUGGUGCUCUCACACUCACGGUUAAGAUGUUUAUGAUCAAGAACGUGAGCAAGUUCCUGUUCGGAGAUAGCUCGAAAGAAUCCAUCAUCGAGGUCCCUCAGGGCCAGCUUUACCUUGUCCGACCACUUUCGGUGAAGGGAUAUUCAGAGCUGAUCUUCAAGGACGCUGCAGCUUCCAUCCGACGAACUGGACAGGAGUUUCAAUAUCAACUCGUAAUACAGCGCGCUUACGAAGAGGGGGAGGAAGAGCUUCUUGCAGAGGAAGAAGGCGACGCGACAGGCGAAGGACUCUCGUUAGAGACGGACGAGAAGUCGUUCCUACUCGACCAAGGCCUCCAGUUUCGAUCGGAUAUUCGGGAGACGGGUGAAAAGGUCUUUGCAUGGACGGAUUUGAGCGGUGAUACCGGUGACCUCUUCGAAUUCGUCUGUGAUCGGUCGAUCCAGCCGGCUACAAUCGCCGCAUUCGAGAGGGCUGCCCUCGCCUGCCAAUACGAGAGGAAAUACCGCCGGAGUGGCGAGGACGCUACAGAGGAAGACUUGCAGGAGUUCGAGUUUGAGGAAGAGUCAAUUCCUUCUGCCAGUCCGAUCAUCGACCACGCUCUAACCGAGUCGGCCAAGUUCAACAUGGCUCCGCAGAAAGACGCUGGUAAAGACAAACAAACAGCACUCCCUGGAGCCGCGAAACCAAAAGAGGGGGAGUUGCUCGUAGCAGUGAGCGCGGAACUACAUUUCUUUGACUUCACUACUGGCGAAUUCGUCCUGCAGGAGCGAUCUGCCAUCGCCACAGUUACUGACAUUGGCGGUUGGAACUACUGGCUGCAAAUAUCCAGUGAGGACAAGGAGUGGCUUGGUCAGCCCGUCGUGGCAGAGAUCAACCCGGUGUUCAACUUCGAGUUCUUGUCCUUCAUCUUCAAUCAUUACUCUGAAGAUGGCUCUGCCUACUCCUGGCUGCUACGCUUUAAGGACCAGAAUGCACUUGAGAAGUUCCAAGAGUCUCUUAUGCAGGGGCUAUGGGAGCACCUCAAUCAAAUAAAAUGGGCAAAAAGCAAAGAUACGGAGCGAGAGUACGUCCUAGAAGCUUUCCAGGACCUCACCAUGGAGGACUCAGAGUCGGCGGAAGCUGAAGAGGAGGAGGAAGAGGAGGAAGAGGAAGAGGAGAGCGCAGGGGAACGAAGCGAGCACUAUGACACCGACGAGUCGGAGGAUGAUGUACUAGAGAAAGACGAAGACGGCAACGUGAACUCUCAGCUUGCUGUCGGUUACAAGCAUGACCGCUCCUUCGUUGUCCGAGGAUCCAAGAUUGGAGUCUUCAAGCAUACUCCCGAUAACCACCUUCAGUUCUCCACGAAUAUCUCGAAAGUGCAGACCCCCAAAGGCAAGCUCUUUAAACCAACGAAGGUCAUGCUUCACGCCGAAGAUCGAAACUUGGUGUUGCAAAACAAAGAGGAUCCUAACUCUCUGUACCGAAUGGAUCUUGAGUAUGGCAAGGUUGUUGAUGAAUGGAAAGUCCAUGACGACAUCCCAGUAACAAACUUCGUGCCAGAAACGAAAUUUUCGCAGAUGACAGGAGAACAAACUUUUGUCGGUCACUCAAAGAACGCUCUUUUCCGCAUCGACCCCCGUCUUGCCGACCAGAAACUUGUCGAUUCCGAGUUGAAACAAUAUGUGUCAAAGAACGAUUUCUCCGCCGCUGCCACGACGGAGAAGGGCUAUCUCGCCGUUGCGUCGAACAAGGGUGACAUCAGGAUGUUCGACCGCCUAGGAAUCAACGCGAAGACACACAUUCCCGCUCUCGGAGAUCCAAUCAUCGGUCUCGAUGUCUCUGCCGAUGGCCGCUGGCUUCUCGCUACGACACGAACCUAUCUGUUGCUAAUUGACGCUCUUCAAAAAGAGGGCAAGAACGAAGGCAAGCUUGGCUUCGAAAAGUCGUUUGCCAAAGACGCGAAACCUCAGCCGCGUCGGCUUGCGCUGACGCCCAGUCAUGUCGCCCAAUUCCAGCACGAGACUAAAGCGCCGAUAUCGUUCACCCCGGCGAAAUUCAACGCGAGCUUGGAUAAAGAGGAGACCACGAUCGUUACGGCAACCGGUCCGUUCAUCGUCACCUGGAGCGUGAAGAAGUUGCUGGGUGGCAGAAAGGAUCCAUACAGCAUCAAGCGCUACGCAGAAGACGUCGUCGCAGAUAACUUCAAGUUCGGCUCCGACAAAAAUCUUAUCGUCGCUCUGCCGAAUGAAGUCGACAUGGUGGCACGACAGGCGUUGCGUCGACCGACGAGAGAGAGUAUUGCAACGCCUGUGAGGCGAAGCACAGCUCGAAGGAGCUACUUGUCAAGGAAUGACAUCGUCAACAGUCCUUACUAGCAUCAGGCCCAUCUUUUCUCCUCUACUUUUUAUUCGAGAUGUGCUGCAUGAUGCUUUUCGUUGAAUGCGGUCAGGCUUGCCAUCGUCCAGGUUGGUUUCACUGGUUUGUCGAUAUCCCCCCUGAAUCGGAGUAUGCGAAGGGAGUGUUCAGUUUCGGCACUUUCAGGCAGAUGUGUAUGAAUUAUGCAGCAUUAAUAGUUUAGUUUCAAAUCCAGGAAGAUACCCUGUAUGUGCAUAUUCCGUCCUAAUCAUGUGGGCAGUAUUUUCGGCGGUGAAGCCCAAAUAUCAGGAGAUGUGACGUAUCGCGAAGGGGUAUUGAAGCGGAACGGUUUGUGG